GCUUCUCUUUCCCGCGCAGGAUACACCUACAUCCCACCUCGGAUAAUGGCGACAGCUGAGGUACUGAACAUUGGGAGAAAACUCUAUGAGGGUAAGACAAAAGAGGUCUAUGAAUUGUUAGGUAAUCCAGGAAGAGUCCUCCUGCAGUCCAAAGACCAGAUUACAGCAGGAAAUGCAGCUAGAAAGAACCACCUGGAAGGCAAAGCCGAAAUCUCCAAUAAGAUCACCAGCUGCAUUUUUCAGUUGUUACAGGAUGCCAGUAUCAUAACUGCUUUCAGCAAGAAAUAUGGAGAGACUUCUUUCAUUGCACCCCAAUGUGAAAUGACUCCAAUUGAAUGGGUGUGCUGAAGAAUAGCAACUGGAUCUUUUCUCAAAAGGAAUCCUGGUAUAAAGGAGGGGUAUAAGUUUUACCCACCAAAAGUGGAGAUGUUCUUCAAGGAUGAUGCCAAUAAUGACCCACAGUGGUCUGAAGAGCAACUCAGCACUGGAAAAUUUUGUUUUGCUGGACUUGUUGUAGGCCGGACUGAAGUGGACAUCAUGAGUCAUGCUACACAAGCUAUUUUUGAAAUACUGGAGAAAUCUUGGCUGCCCCAGAACUGUACACUGGUUGAUAUGAAGAUUGAAUUUGGUGUUGACGUAACCACCAAAGAGAUGGUUCUUGCUGAUGUUACUGAUAAUGAUUCCUGGAGACUCUGGCCAUCAGAUCGGAGCCAGCAGAAAGACAAACAGUCUUACCAUGACCUCAAGGAGGUAACUCCAGAAGGACUCCAGAUGGUAAAGAAAAACUUUGAGCGGAUUCCAGAUAGAGUGGAGUUGCUUCUGAAAUCUGACAGUCAAUGCAUGGUCAUAGUGCUGAUGGGUUCAACUUUGAACCUUGGGCACUGUGAGAAAAUUAAGAAGGCUUGUGGAAAUUUUGGAAUUCCAUGUGAACUUCGAGUAACAUUAGUAAUUUCUUAA